AUGGAGCUUUCACAAGAACUGUUCGUAGAUGUUAAUGGAAACAUUGACCUUAUUACUUACUGCCUUUCUCUUAAACGGCGAGAAGGAAUAGAGAGAAAUGCUGCUGUGAGACCGGUUCGGAUGCCUCGUGGACCGAGUGAAACGAAGUCUUACGGUUACGAUUCUGAUUAUCGCUAUCUGACAAAAAGAAUGAAAAAAAACAUUAGAGACAGGGAGAAGCGGAAGAAAAACCCGGAGCGAUCUAGAGAUGAUGCAGAUGGUGAAGUACGGCAUGAAAAAAGAAGGCAGAAGAAGAACCGACGGAAAUUACUGUAUGACAAGGAGUAG